AUGUCUCUUCUGCCGUCCACAAUCUCAAUGUGGUGUUUGUUUAAUGUCUGCUUGCGCAAGACAUUAAACAAGUUCGAAGUUCGAAGGAACCCAGGAGAACCCCCUCUUGUACCGGGCCACCUGAUUUGGGGCAACGGGGCAGAGUUUGCAAAAGAUGCAGUUUCCUACUUACUGGACUGCAAAAAAAGAUUCGGUAACGUCUUCACCAUCCGACUGUUGAACACGCACAUGACACUCCUCAUGGAUCACAAUGAUUAUGAAAACUUGGGCAAGGAGAGAAAUUUUGAUUUUGAUCCAAUCCAGAAGCAGGUUAACUGGAAUGUGUUUCACUUUAUCUUGAAAGAUCCUCGUAAGAUGAUGAAGGAGACGGGAAAGUGGGUGAAGGGCAAGUCCUUGCUUGGAAACCUCACUACUUUCCUGGCCAACCUCAACAUCGCUUUCGAAAAAGUGGUCACUUUGAAUGAAAAAAAUAUGAACGCUGUCGGCAACGAAAAGAUAAUGAAUGGAAAUAUUAAAAGUGAAAAAAUUCAUACCAACACUGGAAUAAUUCAAAACGGUAACGAAGAUGUUGGGCUGGAUCUUAAAAGUAUUAUGGAUGGGUCAAAGAUUGAUAAACGUUUGGAGCAGUAUCACGUUGGUUUGGACGCUAAAAAUUAUUUGAAUAGGAAAUGUCCUUUUUCAAAUGUAAACAGCAAAAUGAUGCGAGUGAAUGCUGACCUCAAAGAGAAGCUGAUUGCUGAUGACAGCCAGGAGUGGUUCCAGUCAGGUCUUCGCAUUUUCGCCUGCAACACCAUGUUCUCUGCAAUCUUCAACACCAUCUUUGGGUUUAGUGACGACAACGUGUUCAGUUACAAAAAAGCUUUUUCACAUUUUGACGUCUUCCAUAAAUAUUUCAAUUACUUCUGGCUUGGUCUCCCGAAAAUAUUUUUCCCCGAAGCAGUGUCCGCACUGGAGCAACUGCUGACAUUUCCUGAAGCUGACGAGUUGUUGCAGAGGGAUGAUCUUUCACCUUACGUCAGGAACGCCAUCUACCACAUGAGGAACAGUGGACAAACUGAUGGAGAUAUUAAGGGACACAAUUUGGUUUUCCUGCACGUCAAUUACAACACGUUUCGCAUUUCCUUCUGGAUCCUCUACUACAUCAUCACCAAUGACGACGCCAGGCAGGCGCUGCAGGACGAGAUGACCCAACUAUUCGAAUCGAAAUAUGACCCGGAAUCGAAAACCGUCAAAUUGAGCAUUAAAGAUAUCGACAACAUGGAAGUUCUUAAUAGCAUAGUUGAUGAAAGUUUCCGCAUGGCGAGUGGUGUCUUCAUGGUUCGAUACGUCGUACAGGACACGGACUUCAAAUCGUGCGAUGGCAAGACUUAUUCCAUCCGAGCUGGAGAUAAGGUGGCCAUCUAUCCACCUGCCAUCCAUAAGGACCCAGAACUCUUUGAUGAUCCUUCAGUAACAAAAUUUGAUUCUUUUAAUUUUUUACUGUUGAAGUUGUCAUUGCUGACAUUCAAGUACGAUCGUUUCUUAAAGGGAAACAAUGUCUCGUCGGAUGGCUCACCCCUUUCGAACGCGGUCAUGCCCUUUGGAAGUUUGUGCCCCGGUAAGAAGUUUGCCAUCCUGCAAACCAAAGUGUACGCCAUGUCUGUCAUCUCGAGAUUCAACUUCCAGAUGAUGCCUGGAGAGGUGGCUGAAAUUGAUAGCAGAUACCACGGCCAUGAAAUUCUUCCACCCGUCAAAGACGUUCAGGUCAAAUUUCGUCCCAUCUCCAACCCUUACAACAUUGCUAUCGUGGAGUAACGAUGAUGAUGAUGAUGAUAACGAGGAUGAUUGCAAUGAUGAAGAUGAUGAUGAUGUUAAUUGUGGUGAUGAUGGAAAAAUUUAAGAUUGUGAGAGUACGACUAACGAAGAAAGUCAUACAACAAUAUAUGUUGGGAAUUAUUGCUUUCUACAAACCAUCCCAGAAAUAUGACAUACCAUGUUUUUUGAGAUAAAUAUAUAUUCAACUUAAUAUAACAAGAUUAACAUGCAUCCAGUUGUAAAGAAAAUUCAAUAAACUGUUGAGAUUAUGCUUGCUACUGUUCUUGUUUCGUUGUUUUCGACAACUAAUUCGUUGUUAAUAAUGUUUGCUAAUUUUUCAGAUUUUGAAUAGUUAAAUGUUUUUCGCAUUUAAUUGAUAAAACGAUUUAAUUUACGUGAAUAAUGGCAGUUAUCAUGGUUUAAUGAUUUUGAUAGGAUAUGUUAAACGGUGAAAUUUGAAAAAAAACGAUUGUAUUAUUUAUUUAG